AUGAAUGCAUUAAGUUCUCUUUCCCAAUAUUGUGUUAAUGAUAAUGGGUGUAUUAAUUUACCUUUCAGCCAUGCAGUUGAAACAUAUAUUAACUCUUUGCUGCUAUUAACCAACUGCAAGCUUAAAAAACAAAGCAGACUUUAUAAGACAGUUUUAGGACAAAAUAAAUCAACAAAUAGGUUGGAUGAUAUACUUGAACUUACGGAGAAGGGCUGCACACAUAGACCACUAUACAUUCCUGUGGCAUUACAACCAAAAGUGGCGAGAAUAAAUCUUAGUCUCCAAUCCCAUGACCAUGCAAUUGCAGCACAUCAUGCAUACCGCAGUACUGGAGCAGAAAUUGCACUAAAAUUAUUAGCACCAUAUAAUAAUAUGAGUGCAACUCAUCUUAAAUAUGUGUGUGAAACUGAUAAAAAUGGAAAAUAUGAUCUAAAUAAUGAAAAAGCCCCUGUACUCUCUAUGGUUAUUAAGGAUGAAGCUAGAUAUGGAUCAUCAUUAGCAUUUGGUCUUAGUGAAAAAGAAAAUCAUCAUACAAUAUAA